CCGGUGCCUUUCCUGAAUGGGACUUGUGCUCCGUUGCGCCGCACUUGUUCAUCGCUAGUUUCUCCCCUGAGUUAGGUACACUACCGAUCAUGUUUGCUACCGCUUCGUGACCUACUGGAUUAGCCAGUUUUUGUUGGGUAAGUGGACAUCAACAAGCAUUAAAAAACAAACCAGGGUUGGGUUAGGUGAGACAGAGGAGGCACAGAGCCGCACAAUGCUUCCCCACAUGUCGCACAAACGAUCGUCGUCGACGGAUUUGAUCUGACAUGUAUAUAUAUAUAUAUAUAUAUAUAUAUAUAGUGGCCUUUCCUUGAUUGUUUUGUGGCUCCGAGAUUGGCCGAGUGUAGGUAAGCGUUGCGCGGUGGUUUUAUGGUUUUUACUUUAACAGGAAACAUCUUGGUUGUGUUUUCACGGAUGUGGCUUUUGGGGAAUUUGACACCAGCGUAAAAAAGCUGUCGAUCCUCCCUGUUCAUCUUCCCCGUGAAAUUGCCUUGUUGCGUUUGCCGCAUCGGUGUGAGAAGUCGGUAAAGAUUCGCGGAUUGCAUUUGAAUGAUUCCAAUGGAGUUACGGCGAAGGGAGAGUCUGCAUCGUUUCUGUGAAGAUUACCACCGGCAGUGAUUUCGAAGACUGCUCUGGAACUUAAUACAGCAUCGGAGAAAUUGUCAGAGUCGGUUUGGAGUCGUGGAAUGCAAGGAGUGGGAGUUGGGAAUGGCUUGAAGGGGUUUGGGAUUCUGCAUGUAUGUGCGUACAAGUGAUGAGGAAGGGCAGAGAUUAUUGCGAGGUGGUGAGUGCAGAUCCAUUCGAUGGAGAGAUAAUUGAGGAUUGUUCAGAUUCGGAGUUUGAUGUGGAGCAUCCGGACAACUCCGAAGCUGUGAGAUUGGAGAGGUAGAACAUGCUGGAGCUUUACAGCGGCGACCACCAGCAGCUGAAGCUUGCGUAUGAGGAUUGGGGGAGAUCACACAGUUUGCUGGGGCGACGAGUUGAGCAUGGAACUGCGUUGGCGAGCUUUGUUAGGAAAGAAAUUUGUCAUCUCCUCGGAGUGUUCGUUGUGGUGGAGGGGGUGUUGCUCGUUACUGUGGCGCAAACUAACCUCCUGACGUGCGAGAGCUGGUGGGUUUUCUUCUAUUUGUCGUUCCUUGCCUCCGUCGUGCUCCUCAUCCCACUUACGCAGAGGAUUACGGUGUAUUGGAGUCUUCGCAGCAGAAUUUCAAACCUACUCUCAGGCUUGGAGGUCUUGGCUAGACGGAUCCACGACAUGAAGACUCUGGGACCGUUGAAGAGCACAUUCGAUUUGAAAACAAAGGAUGUUGUUAUGUGCGAGAUUUUGAAGAAGCCCGGUGUUUCCGCCACCUUAAUCAUAACGGCGGUUGUUGCUUUGGUUAUUCUUUCUGUUGUGUUUCUUCUUCUGCUCGGCAUCCGAUUUCGUUGCGAAGGAUCCAUGAUCAUGCCGCAAAGGUUGCAGACCUUUCUCAAUUUCUCCCCAGAUUCCUUGAGCAGUCCGUAAAUUAUCGUGUGGAAGGAAACAACGCGCCAAUCAACCUCCUAAAUAUAGAAGCAUUCACAGGAAAAAAGAGUAUCAGAAGUCCGUUGCCAUUACUUAAAAUACAAAUCAUACGACAGGGUUUAGGGUGGCAUUCGGCGCUGCGAUUCAAUAGAUUGCUCAUGACUUAGGAUUUAAGCCCUUAAUUAGGGCGUAAAUAGGGUGUAAACCUUAGCUUGUACAUAUCCAAAAUGUCAGAUUCACCUCAAUCAAUAGUUCAUGCAGUUUCUUUAAGCAAUCACACGGAGCGUGUCUGGAAUUGAAUCACAAUUUUGAUCA